AUGGAAAAGAAGCCCUAUGAAUGUAAAAAAUGGGGACAAACUUUUAACAGAAAGUUAUAUAUCAGUAAACAUGAGUGCACUCAUAGUGGACAGAAACACUAUGAAUGUAAAGAAUAAUGUGGGAAAGCCUUUUUGUGGCAGUCAGCACUCAAGAUACAUCAGAGAAUUCACACAGGAGAGAAACGCUAUGAAUGUAAAGAAUGUGGGAAAACUUUCUUGUGGCAGUCAUACCUUAUGAAGCACCAGAAAAUUCACACAGGGGAACAACCCCAUGAAUGUGAAGAAUGUAGGAAAACUUUCUCAAGUCAGUCAUCCCUCAAGGUACAUCAGAGAAUUCACACAGGAGAGAAACGCUAUGAAUGCAAAGAAUGUAGAAAAACUUUCUUGUGGCACUCAUCCUUCAGGAAUCACCAGAGAAUUCACAUAGGAGAGAAACCCUAUGAAUGUAAAAAAUGUAGGAAACCUUUCUCGGGUCAGUCAUCCCUCAAAGUACAUCAGAGAAUUCACACAGGAGAGAAAUGAUGUGAUUGUAAUGAAAAUAUAGAAAUAUUCUUCCAGAAGUAG